UCUGAUAAUGUGGGAGGUCAUUCUGGUGUAAGUCAUGUUAGUGGAGUAGUUAGGUGUCAGCUGCUAGAUUGGAUUGCAGAUGAAGAUAUCGUUGUCGGUGAAGGAGAAUUCUGCUCUUUUGAUCCACUAUACAAGAUUGGUCGCAUUCCACUUGGUCCUAAUGCUGCAGCUGUUAUUGUGAAAUCUGUAAUACACCCAGGCUCACAAUUGUGGAGGCCUGCACAAAACAUUUUCACACUUGGGGAAGCUGUGGGACUCAAAAUUCCCUGGCAAGGUGAUAAGGUGAUUUUGGAUGAAGACAUUUCAACAAGUACAAACAUAACUUCUGGUUCCAAGGAUACCAUAUCAACUGAGUCACUUGAAAGAUGCAAACUUUUUGAUUGGAAUUCUGAUGAUGGUGAAUGUAUUGAUGAGGGUGUUUUGUGUUCCACUGAUCCGAAACAAAUGAUAAACAACAUUCCUAUUGGUAUAAAUGCUUGCAUUGUGAAGAUUGAUCUUGUUCUGAGGGAUAUGGCUUAUCUGUGGAGACCAACAUCUGAUUUACAUGUGAUGGCUGAUGCAAUGAAUAGAGAAAUCCAAUGGCCACUUACUAAGAUGAAACGCAUCAGUCAGAAUGCAGAGGUGCCUUCAGUGAGAAACUCGCCUGGGAAUGGAAGUUCAAACUCUGGUUCCAGCAAUGGGAAAAACAAGAAGUGCUUCCUCUUGGAUUGCAAAAAUCCUGGAAAAACUGUUGCAGAGGGCCGAGUGUGUUCAACUGAUCCUGCAGACAAAGUCCAUAACAGACCCUUAGGACCAAAUGCUACGAAGGUCUGGGUUGUUGUUUCAUUGAUUGAUAAUGCUAAAGUGUGGAGGCCUUCCUCAGAAGUGCAAAUCAUAGCAGAUGCACAAGGCACAACCGUUGCUUGGCCUAAUGACAAGAUAGUCUAUCUCUGAACAAUUUGUGUUUUGUCCUUUAUGUCGAACAAUUUGUUGUUUCAAGUGUCGAACAAUUUGUUGUUUUAAGUGUCCAACAAUUUGUUGUUUCAACUGUCAAACACUUUGUGUUUUCUUUUAUUACAUGCACUUGACUUUG